CCUUCACUGGCUCAUUGGUGGCUGUCCAUGCGCGUUCAAUUACUCGCUCCCAGCGCAUCAGAAUAAAAUCUUCAUCCAAGGGAAGACGUUUGGAGCUUGGCUGACAUUGCGUUUAUAUUCUCCCUAUUUAUUUAUUUAUGAAGUUAUUUCGAUUUCUUUUUUUUUCGCGCGCGUCCUGGUAGACCAGAUCGUGAACACGUUUUAAAGUGGUUGUAAUUGAUUUGAAAUGGCAGAAAGAUGUCGUCCAAUGCUGCUGUACAGUAUUAUUGCUCUUCUCUGUGCGCCCGUGUCCUCAGUAGCGGACAGACAGUAUCUGAACGAAUGGGCUGUGGAGGUUCCCGGAGGAGUGAACGCUGCCAGAUCCAUCGCCGACGAACUGGGCUACAGAUUGGUCCGACAGAUUGGGGCUUUGGAAAACCAUUAUUUAUUCAAUCGACACAAUCACCCUAGCAGGAUGAAAAGAAGUGCAGAACACAUCACCAAACGUCUUUCAGAGGAUGACAGGGUGUCGUGGGCUGAACAGCAGUAUGAGAAGCGGAGGGCCAAGCGCGCUCCGCUGGGGGCAGAAUGUAAGGACUGCUCGGUGGACAAACUAUUCGAUGAUCCCAUGUGGAACCAGCAGUGGUACCUGCAAGACACCCGGACGUCUCCUUCCCUCCCCAAACUGGACCUGCACGUGAUCCCGGUCUGGAAGAAGGGCAUCACCGGUAAAGGCGUGGUCAUCACAGUCCUCGACGACGGCUUGGAGUGGAACCACACCGACAUUUACCCCAACUACGAUCCUGCUGCCAGCUACGAUUUCAACGACAACGAUCCUGACCCGUUCCCCAGAUAAGACUCCACCAACGAGAAUAAACAUGGCACCAGAUGCGCCGGCGAGAUCGCCAUGCAAGCGGACAACAACAAAUGUGGCGUCGGUGUGGCCUACAACUCGAAAGUGGGAGGGAUCCGAAUGCUGGAUGGAAUCGUGACAGAUGCCAUUGAAGCUAGUUCUAUAGGCUUUAACCCUGACCACGUGGACAUCUACAGCGCCAGCUGGGGUCCUAAUGAUGACGGGAAGACCGUAGAAGGACCCGGUCGCCUGGCACAGAAAGCAUUUGAUUACGGCAUCCAGAAGGGGCGUGGCGGGAAAGGGUCUAUUUUCGUGUGGGCAUCUGGUAAUGGUGGGCGUCAGGGCGACAACUGUGAUUGUGACGGAUACACAGACAGCAUCUACACCAUCUCUAUCAGCAGUGCCUCCCAGCAGGGUCGCUCCCCGUGGUACGCUGAAAAAUGCUCCUCCACGCUGGCCACGGCCUACAGCAGCGGAGACUACACCGACCAGAGAAUAACUAGUGCGGAUUUGCACAAAGAAUGCACAGAGACGCACACUGGCACAUCUGCAUCCGCCCCACUGGCUGCUGGGAUAUUUGCCCUUGCUUUAGAGCAAAACCCUGAUCUGACCUGGCGAGACCUGCAGCACUUGGUGGUUUGGACGUCUGAGUUCGACCCCCUGGCCAACAACCCGGGCUGGAAAAGAAACGGAGCUGGAUUGAUGGUCAACAGUCGUUUCGGCUUCGGUCUACUAAACGCCAAAGCCCUGGUGGACCUGGCCGAUCCCAAAGUCUGGAAGCACGUUCCGGAGAAGAAGCAGUGCAUCGUCAGAGACGAGACGUUCCAGCCGAGACCAUUAAAGGCUGCAGGGGAAAUUGCCAUCGAGAUUCCCACCAAGGCCUGCGCAGGACAGGCCAACUCCAUCGUGUCUCUGGAACACGUGCAGGUAGAGGUCAGCAUCGAGUACACACGGAGAGGAGACCUUCACAUCACGCUCACAUCUCCAUCAGGCACCACCACAGUCCUGUUGGCAGAGCGAGAGCGGGACACAUCAUCCAACGGUUUCCGAAACUGGGCCUUCAUGUCCGUGCACACUUGGGGAGAGAAUCCCACCGGCACUUGGACCCUGAAGAUCACAGAUAUGUCAGGCCGGCUGGAGAACGAAGGUCAGAUUCUCAGCUGGAAGUUGAUUUUGCACGGCACAUCUGAGAAGCCAGAACACGCGAAGAAGACAAGAGUGUACACGCCAUACAACGCUGUGCAGAACGAUCGCAGGGGUGUGGAGCCCUUGGAAGACAUGAUAAAGGAGGUUCCCACUCCAGCCCAAAAACCUGAAAAUCCAAAUCCAUUGACGUCAGACUACCUUCCUCCAAUCCCUUCUCCUAACCUUCCCGCAGAAAAUCCAUCCGAGGGCCCUGGCCUCUCCAAUGCCAAUCUGGCGCUCCUUCGCCUCCUCCAGUCGGCCUUCAACAGGCAGAGCCCUGCCUUUCCUCCUCACAUGUUGGCUGCUUCUCCCAAGGUCAUGCAACACGAAAGGAUCCCUCCGCAGAAGAUGUACCAGGCCCUGGAUCAGCUGAACCGGUACAGGGGUUCUGACAGCGGCUUGUUUAGUGACUACAGCGACAGCUUCUACAGAGCCCAGCCAUACAGGCACAGAGAUGACCGGCUGCUGCAGGCCCUCUUUGAUAUGCUUGGAGAUGACCAGCAGUAAGAUGGGUGGAAGGAUGGGAAGAGGAGGGUAAAGAGGCUUUUGGGGCGGGGGACUGAAUGCAUCCUUGCUGAAAAGACCAGCGGAAAUUUCUAGAACUGCUGUUUACCGGAAAAAUCCAGCAUGUUCUUUUUUUUUGUUAAGCUAGUCCAUUUGCAUGUUCUUGCUGGUUAUUUCUGUUUAGACUAAACAAUGUGUGUAUGUCAGUUACGCUACUGAAACGUUUGAGCUGGUUUAGCCGAUCUGUUUCUUUGGUUAAGCAGUCUGGCGGUCAUGAAACUGACCAGAAAGUAUAGGCAUCAGACAUUUACUGGUCUUUUCAGCAGGAUGAAGAAAUAAAGAAAGGUUGUAAACUGGUCAGACGGUGUAAACAAGAGUGUGUGAGGAGAGGAGAGUUUGGUUCUCUUCCAUACAAGCUUGUUCUUAUCUGCACAUGUAGUUAUUGACUAUAAGCAUCCUAAGACCCGUGUCUGUCCGUGUGAGUGUUUGUAUAUGUGGUGAACAGCCAGCUGUAUUUACCCAUCAGUUUUGAACCAGGUUCCUUAAAAAAAUCGUAGCUCCACAGGUAUGCCAAAUGCCUUUCUAACCUGUCUUGACUUCUUCGUGUGACGCCUUCACUGCCACAAACUCUUGCAUGCUAUCAACACGUUUACAUUAUGAGAUAUAUUCUGUUAUAAGUGAUUGUAAAUUGUUUUUGAGACCGUAACAUCUCUCUCGAAUAGAAAUAUUUAUUGAUUAUCAAUUGCUUGAGGUUAUAAACAGAAUUUACAAAGAAUAUGUUAAUUUUCCUACAGCAGGGCUUCCCAACCAGGUUUUUAUUGAACCCUAUGGGUGAAAAAUGGAACUACAGGAGGUUAUGAAAUGACAAAAAUGUCACUCAACAAAGGAAUAGUUCAACUUCACAAUGAAAAUUUUGUCAUCUUAAACCUGUCGGAUUUUCUCUCUUUUGCAAAACACAAAAGAAGAUAUUUAAAAAAAUGUAGGUUACCAAAAUCCAUUGGUCACCAUUGACUUCUAUUGUAUAGACACAAAACCAAUGCAAGUCAAUGGGGACCAACGGUUUUCUGCUACCAACAUUUUUCAAAAUAUCUUCUUUUGUUUUCUGCGAAAGAAAGAAAGUCAUACAGGUUUGAAAUGACAAGAGGGCGUGUAAAUAAUGACAUUAUUUUCAUUUUAAAGGUGAACUAUCCCUUUAAAUGAGUAGUUCACUUCAAAAUUUGCCCCCAUUGACUUUCCAUAGUAGGAAUAAAAAUGACUAUGGAAAGUGAAUGGGGGCAAAUUUUGAUGUGAAUUACUCCUUUAAAGUUGAAGACCACAUUCACAGUUAUGUGGCAGCAAAAAAAUACAUCAAAAAUUACAAAGUGCUCCUUUAAAACUUCUUAAUGUAAGAAGUAUUCAGAAUGCCAACAAUAAAAACUAAAAUAGAGCAUUUUCCUCUGAUUAUUAAAAAAAGGACACAAAUGUUUAGCUAUUUAAAUGUUUUUAGGUAAAAUUAUUAAGCUUCUGGCUUGAAAGUAGGUACUGAACAUCGCUGCUGUAUGCAACCAAAAUAAUGGUCAGCUACGGGUGCUGUGUACUACUGAUACUAAUAAAAUCUUGGUAAAAACGUCUUAAGGCUAAAAUACACUACAAGACUUUUGCUCAGAUUUUGCCCAGAUUUUCAGUCUAGACUUGUUGCAGAAAGUCUGUGCCAGUCUGCAGAUUUGAUCAGUUAGUGUGUUUCUAUCUGAAACUUUCAAAAAGUCUGCAAGUGUAUGAUGUCUAGUUUAAAAAAAAUCUGUUCAUAUUUUAUUAGAUGUGUUUAACCCAUCAGAACAGGAUCUACUUUAUAAACAAAGAUGAGCUUUAGCAGACUAAAAAAUGGCUGGGAAUCCCUGUUUUUCCCUUGAGGAUUUAAUACCUGGUUCUAUUGCUGAGUGUUUAUACAUCACACUCAGGCCUUACAGCGUUUAGAUGUUUAGAGUAUUCCCGUUCAGUUAACUCCACAAUACAAUGCAACACAUACCUGUGGAUCUUGAAUUUCUCUGCCCUUUAUUUGCACAACUUUUGACCAUGUACCUCUCCGCAGCUCUCUCUAGAUAUAUGCGCUUUAGAAAUGAUCUAAAUACAGUUAUCUCACAAAUAGUGCUUUAGAAAACACAAGUGAAUCAUGCACCCCAAACAAUGCCUAUGAUUCAACUGAUUUUGUAUAUUCAAAGAUUCAUAAAACAAAGAUAAAUGUUUAUUUUUCUAAGAAUACAUAAGUCGUUUAUGAGAGUAAACAAGUAAUAUCUAUAAAGAAAUCUAAUAUAUUAUAGCAGCAUUUACCUCAUAAAAUCCAAAUCUCAUUUCCUACCUGUCUCUUAUUGUGUUGUUGUACCUUUAACCUGAAAUGUCUCUGAUUUCCAAUAAACACGCAGCUGUUGUGAUGAUGCUCUGAAAGGGACUGUCUGUGAUUUGCAUUGUAAACAAGCUCCAUUCUGUUUGAGACCUUUCAUAAUUCAGUCAUUAUUAAAUUCAAGUUGAAAAAUCAUAUUCUAGUUUUGUUUAUAAAGAUAUAUAGAAUCUGUCAUUUCCCAGACAAAAAGUUUUGUUUUAUUUUAUAGCUUCAAAGAGAAAUUCAAUUGUUCAUAAAUUAUGGAUUGUAUAUUUAAAUGAUUGGCCUUGUGACUGUCUGCCAGCCAAUAGAAUGUGUUAAAGUGACAGAUCAACAGACAUUAAUGACCGGUUUACAUAAUUCUUUAAUGUAGUCAGUGUUACUGAUUGACGCUUAUGUCCAAAGUUGUUUACAAAAGCUGAAAUAGUUUAAUGUAUUGAUAUUACAUGACUGUAAUAAACGGAACCGUAACUUUGCAAGCAAACACAAUGUUGUAUAUGUCCUGUCUGUAUUACCAGGUAUCAAUCACCAUAUUAACUAUCCAUGACUGCUUUAGGUAUAUGUUGAUUUAAACAUGCAUGUUGGACACACAGAGCAUUUCAUUUCCUGUUACGUUUCAUUAAUAAUGCAAAAAUCUCUGUUUUAUGAGAGCUUUGGGUUGCUGUUUCCUCAUGCAUGACCUAACAUUAUUUUGACUGAAGAGGAUGCAAUAACCCAAUCAAAACAAAUCUACAAAUUAAAGUAAUAUUCAAAGAACAAGUCACAACCCAACCGGUUCUCAGGUUAAUUACAGUCAUUAAAAACAUUUAAAACGGAAUCAAACACUUAGAUUAAAAAAAAAGAUGAUGGUGAAUUUGGAUUAGGCCUUGAUGUCAUUCUCUUAAAGACAUGUAGCGCCAUCUUGUGACUAUCAUCUUAAAAACAAUGCUGGAAACAAGUAGCACUAAAAUGUGUUGCCAGAUUAAGGGUGAAGGUUCAU